AUGAGCAGCGGAGACGGCCCACAUGGCGACUCUUCGACGCCGUCGCCAACGUUGGGCGUAAACGCACCACCCUCGUCCCUGGCGGCCGAAGCAUCGACACCAGCCGCUGCGGUUCCCGAUUCCGUCCCCGCCAGUCGCACGACAUCGCACAAUGGCGGCGACAGGCACACGCGCCGUCGGGGGCCCAGGCCUGGACGCCGCCGCAAGCCCCAGGAGUUUCUUAUGGCGGACGGGCGGCGCGUGCUGGUGGCGCUGCCCGAAGACGUGGACGCGCUGCGCGACAAGUAUGCGGGCGUGAUGCGUGAAGCCGCGCAGGACGGUGGCGAGGGCGCCCCGCAGGUCGAGGUGGUCGUGCAUGGCUCGCAGGAACACAAGCAGUACUUGGAGGAGUGCCAGGCGCACCACCGGUCCCAGCGCGACACGCUCAGGGCCAAGUACGGGCCCGAGAUGCUAGCGGAGUGGGACCGCGUCACGGCCGACUUCAACAACGUGUCGACGGAGCUCGAGAAACUGGCAGACCACUCCGCGAGCCUGGGCCACAACUUUUCCAAGUUUGGAUACAGCGCGACGCUGCGGACGUUUGGCGGUGACGAGGGCCACGGCGGCGGCGGCGGUGGUGGUGGUCACGGAGGUCCAAGUGGCAGCAGCAGUCGCCGGGGCAGCGAGGUGGGCUCGAGCGCCGACAGCGUCGCCUCGGGCACGGACGACGACGACGACGACGAUAGCGGCAGCGGCGGCGACGACGGUGGCAAGAGCGGCGUGCCGGUGUGGCAUAACCAGAACAACGGCCAAAUCAUGCAGCUGUUCAAGCGGCCCAUCGUCAAACAGUAUUUCCACCGCGGGCUGCUCUGGCGGGCGAGCGAGGAGACGUCGGUGCAGAGUUUCGAGCUGUUCUUUGACCUGCUCUACGUCGGUAUCAUUGCGGUCAACGGUGACCACGCAGCUGAGUCGGCCGACGGGUUCGAGCUGCUGCGUUUCCUGGUGACGUUCUGCCUAAGCUGGAAGAUCUGGAGCGACGUGACGCAGCUUGUCAGUUGGUUCUCGACCAACGACGUGGUGCAGCGCGUGGAGAUUCUGUUCUUGUUUGCGUGCCUGCUGGGCGUCACGGUCAACAUGGUGCAGACCUUCUACGGCUGGGGCUCCUCGGGCGAGGCGGGCAGCGCAUCGACUGCUGAGCCGGCGGCCGGCGGCAGUGCUGGCGAGCACAGCCUGCUGUUCCGGCGCGAGGAACCAGCGACGGCAAGCACGAGCGAGGCCUUCUUGGCCGACACGUACCCGGCGCUGGCUGCAUACUAUGUGACGGCGCGGCUGUUCAUGGGGCUGUACUGCUUUGUGACGGGUCUUCUCGUGCCGCUGGUGCAGGGUACAAUGUUCUGCCAGGUGGCGCUGAUUGUGAUCGGGGCGGCGCUGUGGAUUGCGAGCAUCCAUUUGUCGAUGCCGGUGCGGCUGGCGUGCGUGUUCGUGGCACUGGCGUUUGACCUGUUUGGUGGCAGCUUCGUGGUCGGCCUCUUCCGGUACGCCAACAGCCACAGCAAAACGCGGCUGGGGCGGUACCUAACCACCAAGGUAUUUGACUUUUACCCGGCGAUGAACAUUGAGCACAAGGUCGAGCGGACCAAUGCGUUUAUUUCGCUGGUGCUGGGCUACUCGGUGGUCGGGGUGCUGUACCAGAACAGCCACGGCUAUGGCGUCAAUGCGUUUUUGGGCAAAGCCGUGCUGGGACUGGUGCAGGCCUUCAUCUUCAACUGGAUCUACUUUGACAUUGACUCCACCAACAUCCACGUGCACGCGAUCCGGCGGCGGGCCGAGACGGCGUACAUUUGGCAGUACGCGCACUUGCUGUUCACGCUGGCGUUUAUCCUGUCGUCGGCGGCGCUGACGCGGUUUGUGGUGGCGACGGAUGUCGACAACGCGUCGCUUGACUCGCUGACGGAGAUGUACCAGGCGCGGUCGUCGCCGGAGCUGUCGCUGGGGCUGCGACUGUACUACAGCACGGGUCUGGGCGUGUCACUGUUUUCCAUGACGCUGAUCGCGCUGUGCCACCAGCACAAGAUCCCGCCGACGGCGCGACUGCCCAAGUGGGCGCGAAUGGCGAACCGGCUGGCGGUGUCGGCAAUCUUCUGCGCGCUGCCGGCGGCACAGACGCUGUCGUCGCUGUCGGUGAUGUCGAUUGCAACGGGGCUGAUUGCGUGGGUGCUGAUUGUGGAGAUUUACGGGCAGUCGUGUGUGGGGGACCGUCUGUUUGAGACGCGGGAGGCCGGCGAUUACACGGCGCGGUGCAGCCAGCGGCGGCUGCGGAAAGCGCUGCGGGACGCGGAGCGGGAGCGCCAAAAGGAUGUGGAGGACGGCGGUCGCGACCAGCCGCAAAUUGAUGUCAAUGUGCUGACACAGGGCCAAAAGCACGGCGCAAUCUAUAUGGAGUAA